UCAACGAAGGCGAGUGCCGACGACAGAUUCGGACCCGAUCAACGAGGUAGACCAACGGCUUUUGUGCUAAUCUUACAAACUGUGCUUUCAAUUGUUGUUAAUUCGUGGGCGUAAAUUAAGCUCUUAUGAGGAACGUGUGCAUAUGAGGCAAUGCUUUUGAUCCUUUGAAACUUCACUAGAUUCUGAUAAUCACCACGAAACGAACGCUAUGAAAUAUACAUGCGCGUCGUUUCUGAGAGCCUCAUUUUAAAAGUCUUCAUUCAGCCACAAUGCUUCAGUGAAUCGACGGCCAGAUCAUUAGACACGUAUAAUAAUAUUAAAGCAAUAUGCGCCUAAUUGUUAUCUGCGAUAGGCUGACUUUGGGCCUAGAUGUGUUCUACUGCGAUGUGACUCAGGACUGAAUUUGCACCUUGACCGGUUCAACUCAUAAUACUCAAGAGGAUUUCAUAUGGCGCGGCAAGCAUAUGCCUCAUAAUGAGUCGGGUUUUCGCGGUAGUAUCUCUUGUUAUAUAUGUCGCUAGCAGCGUCUCUGCGCUAGUACGACCUGCAAAGGAUAGCAAACAUCAAACAGAAUAUCUCCGCGACGGUUAUAUAUUUAAGAUCGUAGUGGACGUCCCGGUGGACAAAAACGGGAUCCCGAAGGUCCUUAUGGAAAAACAUCCGUUUGUGACAAGCAUUCAGAUUGAAUCGGACAAACUUAUAAUCAAAGGCCUUCCGUUACAUAAUGGGAAAACUACAUUACAGCUAAAAACUUAUUUCUCUAACCAUUUGAAGAGCAAUCGUCGAAUUGAUUUAAUUCCUGAAGAUCUGGAUGAAACGGAUAGUUAUUGUCGCCUGAUACCCAGCGUCGGUAUCGAUUUCGCCGAUAGGGAGGUGCUUGACAGGGCCGAAAUCAUUCAGUUCAUUGAAAAACUGUCUGAACAGCUGAAAUAUCCUAGUAACUGGAUAAAGGCGACCACUAAAACUUUUAACGGCAAAAAUCAACACCUUAUAUCGGGUCUUCGAAUUUCUCUGAUGCAUCCUGGACCCUGCGAUGGCAACGCAGUGAAAUCCGACGAAAAAGUCAGAGAGGUGUUAGAACUUUACAGAUCUGGAAAGCUGCAGUCGCUGGCUCCAGCCGGGCACAGGAUUGGUGCAGUCAAUCGGCUUGACGAAGUGUCCCGGUCAGGCCAGCAGAGAGCUGGCAUUUUGUCGUCGAGCGCCAUGCACAAGCCAAAAAAUAAAAGUAUACCCGUUUCGAUUAAUAUCGGUUUAAUAAAUGGGACCUCCACCGAAUCUUCAUCAAACUGGUGGGAGUCCGCGUCCACAGCGCUACAUUUCAUUUCAACUGCUAGGACCGCUACACCGGCGUCCUUUACAACCACGAAGCUGCCAGCUGCGAGCACAAUGACCGAGACGUCCAGCGUAACAACGAAAAACGAAUCCUCGUCUGAUACCAUAACUUUUACGACAACACUGGCGGCCAUGACGCCGAACAUUGGUACCACCAUAAUAGCACAGUCUGAGAUGAUGGCCACAGCAGCAACUACGCCAUUAGCGAUAGACUCGUGGCAAGUUUCGACAACGGCUAAACUUACACAGAACGAGGAUAUGCGCAUAGAAAGUUAUACCCGAAAUCCUAAUUUGAGAUUAAUUACGUCGACGACAGAAAGCAACGAGGAGAACGACGUCGACGGUCGAGUCGACGCAAUCGCUUCCACGGCUGGCGACAGUGUGCCCGAUGAACAAGAACAGAUCGCGCCGCUCAAGGCUUACGCGCUACCGAUAGCGGCCACCUUUACGGUAUUGAUCUUUGGCGUCGUUCUGGGGCUGGUCUGUAUGGUCAAACGUAAAAUAUUGUCGAACGACUACGAUUUGCAUGGAGGUGAAGAAGGCCGUCUGGGCGGUAUCGUGGCAUAAAUGGGGGGCCACUACGCAGGCUUUGCACAGGAACACAAUUCGGAAAUUUAAUUACCUAAACAUUGUGCAUCAAUGCGGCACACAUUGCUUUAUUAUUUAGCUAAAUUCAUUCAACAACUGUGACUGAUGCCCUAUAAGUGAAAAAUGUUUUACCCAAUAAUUUUACAUUAUGUGACAUGACAGUUAAUGAAUAUGGACUUUUAAAAGCGCAGCUUUUAUAUAUAUAUAUAUAUAUAUAUAUAUAUAUAUACAGUUUAGCUAUACGUACACUUUCUAAUACGGUUUUUUUUUCAAUAUGUGUAGGAGAAGAUGUAGUAUAAUGGCUACAUUAUGAAACCUUUCUGUAAAUACAAUAGAAAUGAUUAGAUACUUAUAUAUAUGGAAGAACACUUCUUUACUAUUAUAGGUUAACAGCAGACACGCACCUAUCGAAGACGAAUAGAUUAGGCAUAUUGUUUAUUUGAUAUACGUUCAAAUUUCCGUAGACACGACAUGCCUCGUCUGCCUCGUGGAGCCAGUAGGUAAAGACAGGGUGGUCACAGCUGCCUAAUAAACACUUGCUAAAUGCUAAGAUCAUACUUAUCCCUGGGUGAUUAUUAAGUCGAAUAUAAUAAA